CGUUGGCCACUGCUUUUGAGCUCGGUCGCAAGCUCCUCAUUCCGCUACAUACCAUCAUGGCCGACAAGAAGCUCCGCAAGAAGGAGAAGGAAGCGACGGACCUCAUCGCGCCCGAGACGUCGACGCCCAAGCUCGACACGUCCAAGUGGCCGCUGCUGCUCAAGAACUACUCGGACCUCAACGUGCGCACGGGCCACUACACGCCGAUCCCGAGUGGCUCGACGCCGUUGAAGCGCAACAUCCACGACUACAUUCGCUAUGGUGUCAUCAACCUCGACAAGCCCGCGAACCCGUCGUCGCACGAAGUCGUGGCCUGGAUCCGCCGCAUCCUCCGCGUCGAGAAAACUGGCCACUCGGGCACGCUCGAUCCCAAGGUGACGGGCUGCCUCAUCGUGUGCGUCGACCGCGCGACCCGCCUCGUCAAGUCGCAGCAGGGCGCCGGUAAGGAGUACGUGGCCAUUGUCCGCCUCCACAGCGCCAUCGAGUCGCAGGCCACGAUGGCCCGCGCCAUUGAGACGCUCACGGGUGCGCUCUUCCAGCGCCCGCCGCUCAUUUCGGCCGUGAAGCGCCAGCUCCGUAUCCGUACCAUCUACUCGUCCAAGCUCAUCGAGUACGACAACGAGCGCCACCUCGGUGUCUUCCACGUCAGCUGCGAAGCCGGCACGUACAUCCGUACGCUCUGCGUCCACUUGGGUCUUGUCCUUGGCGUCGGCGCGCACAUGCAAGAACUCCGCCGUGUGCGCUCGGGUGUCCUCGGCGAAGCCGACACGAUGGUCACGAUGCACGACGUGCUUGAUGCCCAGUACGCGUUCGACACGUACAAAGACGAGAGCUACCUCCGCCGCAUCGUGCGCCCGCUCGAAGUCCUCCUCACGACGUACAAGCGCAUUGUCGUCAAGGACUCGGCGGUCAACGCUGUCUGCUACGGCGCCAAGUUUAUGGUCCCGGGUCUCCUCCGCUUCGCCGACGACAUUGACGUCAACGAAGAGGUCGUGCUCAUGACGACCAAGGGCGAAGCCAUCGCGAUUGGUAUCGCCCAGAUGACGACGGCCGUCAUGGCCACGUGCGACCACGGCGUCGUCGCCAAGAUCAAGCGUGUCAUCAUGGAACGCGACACGUACCCGCGCCGCUGGGGCCUCGGCCCCAUGGCCCAGAAGGUCAAGGGCCUCGUCAAGGAGGGCAAGAUUGGCAAGUUUGGCAAGGUCAACGAAGCCACGCCCGCCGACGUCUCGGCCGUCUACUCGAAGCAGGCAGCGCCCGUCGCGGCCAUCACGCCCGUCAUUGAGGAGGUCAAGGCCGACUCGGACGAGGAGCCCAAGAAGGAAAAGAAGGCCAAGAAGGAGAAGAAGGAGAAGAAGGCCAAGCGCGAAGCCGAGGCGGAAGACGGCGCCGACGAGCCGGAGAAGAAGAAGAAGAAGAAGAAGAAGCACAGCCAGGACGACGAAGAGUAGAGAACGAUGAUGUUGUAAAGUUAUAUAUAGUGUUUAGUACAUAUGCUACUACACACCUUGAAUCGACUAAGACACAUUAUGGCUUGCACUUGCACG